AUGGGUUUCCAGCCCAAAGAAAAGGCAUAUGAACCAUUGGUCUCAGAUGAGACAAGACCCUCACAAAGUUCCGAUGGCCUUGAAAGUCAAGGCGAAGACAGGGCUAUGCUGUCACGACAUUUCAAGCAGCGACCUUCUCGCUUUGCUUCUUGGGCAAGAGCAGGAGGCAAAGUUCUUGCAGCUGUCAACACCGUUCUCUUAAUUAGCAUCAUCAUUGUGCUCUCGCUUUCCCGUCACGAAAGGAGUGGGUGUUCGGAAGUUGAGUGCGCUGCUAAGACUUCACACUACUCUCCGCUUCUGGAAAAAGAUGCCGGAGUUAUAGAAUACGAGACCCGUAGGUUCCGAGGCGCUCUCGAACACCAAAGUAUUUACAAGGGCACGCCAAACAAGGCACUUGACGAAGCUUGGACAGUUCUUACACACAUGAACAAUUCCGGGGUGAGCGGCGAUGUUAUCGACAAGAUCGGAAAAUCGCGGAUAGCCGUUAAGUAUCCAGAGUCUCAAGGGGGUAAAUAUGAUGUCGGCAUUGAAGUGUUCCACCACAUGCACUGUCUGAAUAUCAUCCGCCAGUACACAUAUAAAGAGUACUACUUCAAGCCGGAGAACAGACCAAACAGCUUUACUGAUCCUGAGCACAUUAUCCGCGCUCAUAUCGAUCACUGCAUUGAGAUGUUGCGCGAGACUCUUCUCUGCCAGGCUGAUGUAGGUAUCAUUACUUACAACUGGGUUAAGCCCUGGGGCAUAUAUCCAGACUUUAGCACAGAGCAUAAGUGCCGCAAGCUCGACAAGAUUGUGAAGUGGGCUGAUAAGAAUGCUCUGCCUGAUGAGGAUCCCGAACCCGAUGAGAAUACAGUCUAUCUCCCAGGGCCACCGCAAUAA